AUGCGAGCGCGCCGGAACACGGUCGGCUCAUUCUCUCGCAAGGAUGAGCAACCGCAAGGGAUCUAUCACGUCGGUCUGAUCAACCUCGGCAACUCAUGCUUCUAUAACACGAUUCUACAAGCCCUGGCCGUGUCGAGGCCGCUCGAGGAUAUCAUCGCGGACCCUCCGACGACCUCGCCUGCUUUGCUCGCGCUUUCGCCGGCCUCGCCUUCGUACAACGCUGACCCUGCCCAGCUCUUGUCACCGCUCCCCAUCACGAGUGCGCUGUUGGCGUUGUUGACCAAGCUCGAUGCCAGCAAGGAGAUCGCGAGAGGCAAGAACCUCACCUUCAACCCCAAGGCGCUGCUCAGGCAGAUGAGCCUCAAGCACGAAGAAUACGCCCACGCGACUCAACAGGAUGCCCACGAGAUGCUGCGACAUUUGAUCGACGGCAUUAUGAUGGAAGAAGUUGACGUGAGUCCCCCCUUCCUAUUGAGCUCUUGAUCGAGCCCGACGCCAGGAAGAUCGAUUGACCCGCUGCUUCAAAUCCUCUCACAGCUGAUCAAGAAGGUCCGAGCAACGCGCCCUCGCCCAACUAAAGGCCGUCCUUCGCAACAACGGCGGAUGACGAUCCGAGGACUCGACCCCAUGCGCCAUUCCGACAACCCCUUGAUGACGCCUGUUCGCGAGGAAUCCGGCAUGGGGACGCCCACCGAGGCGGGCGAUGACGAGGAGGGAGCUGAUGAGGAAGUCAGCGACGGUUCGUCCUCGUCCUCGUCUUCUGAUAGCGAUAGCGACGAUGAGGUCAACGAUCCGUUCGAAAUCGGGCCGGAUGGGACCCCUCAACUCAAAAUGAGACCCUUCAUCUCGAGCAUCUUCGAAGGCAAACUGACGAGCGUAGUUGUCUGCGAUGAGUGCAAGCAUGGUGAGUGAGGCGUCAUUCCCGAGAUGCGAUUGAAGUGUCUUGGCUGAUCAUAGGUGCCUUUGUUCUACAGUAUCCCAAACGACAGAGGACUUUAUGGACAUCUCGCUUUCCUUGAGGGAUGAUGUGGGACAAAAGAUACGCAAGCGGGAUCGCAUUCGUCGAACUCUCGGCGGCGGCUUUUUCGGGAAAAGGUCCGAAACAAACGACUCUGUCGGUUCUGGAUCCUCCAACAGUGCGGCAUCUACGACGGCCUCGAAGCCUAGGGUGUCGAUCACGUUGAGUGAGACCAAGACGAGCACGUCGGCGUCGGAAACAGAGGAAUCGGACGCCGAGGUCGAAGCCCGAUCCCGGCGCGCAUCCGUCGAUACGAGCACUCUUCCGACUCAACAAAGGUACGCGGGAUGGACCGCCGGUGGCCCCAACUCAAAGUCUCGCGAUCCUUCCCCUCUCGGCAGGGCCUUGUCCGUUCUCAGUUCCCGAUCUGGCGACGGGUCGAGACGGCGCACGCGAAAGGGCAAGAUUCCCAAGCCGACGGUGGAGCAGAUUGACUACAUCCGGAAAGUGUUGGUGGAGAUCCCGCCUCCAACGUCUUCCCUCCCUCCGCAAUUGCGAUUCGCUCGUCCCCCCGGAUCAAAGGCACCACUUCCUCCGCCAGCAACCACCACAACGUCGGUCUCGAACGAGCAAAUGUCGACGGACCUGUACGAGUGUUUUCGCCAAUUCACAAGCGUGGAGGUUCUCGAAGGCGAAAACGCGUUCGCUUGCAAGAAUUGCUGGAAAUUUUUGAACCCCGACCUUGUGCGUCAACGUCAAGACGAGAAGGAUGCGCGUCGGCGCGAGAAGGACGCUUUAAAAGCCGAGAAGAGGAGGAACGGGAGACGGGUAUCGGAUGCCAAGACCCACAUCAGCGAGGAAGCCGGUCUCAGGACAGUCGUCAACAGUCCCCUUCAAUCGCCACAACUUGAGAACGCUCGAACUUUGUCGGCCUCGCUACCUGGUUCACUGACUAGCGCUAAUCCGGCUUCGAAUGGAGCAGGUGUUAUCUCUCCCGAGUUCGCCCUCUUGUCGUUGGCAACCAGCCCUUCCGUCCUCUCCGAACGCUCGCUCGCCUCCGAACCCGCAAGCACGGUCCCAGACUCUGGGGCAGAGACCGAUGAUGACGCCGCUCUCGCCGACACAGAGGAUGGGCACACAACGGACUCGGCCUCAGUUUUGGAACUCUCCCCCGCCGCUGGUGGACCCAAGACCCCUUUGACGGUGGCUAACGUCGAAGCUUUGGACCCAAGUUCGACGCGCACCCAUGUCGUCGCCACCUCGGCGUCAGCAGCAGCGUCCGUACAGUCCUCAUCGAGCGUCGCAGCAAGCAAGUCGGGUGCUUCGCUUUCGACCCGGUUCUCGAGCUCGAGCAAAUCUACCUCGUCGAUUGCGAUACCCGCAACCCUCAAAGCCCCGCCUCGACAUCUCUUGCGCCGCGCGCACAAACGUUACCUCAUCUCGGCUCGGGACUUGCCCCCCGUUCUCGUCGUUCACCUCAAGCGAUUCCAAAACGCUUCAAAGUCGUCGCUGUUCGGCACGUCCUUUAUGAACCUCAAGAAGCGCGACGACGACCUGUCGUUUCCCGAGCAACUGGACUUGACACCCUUCCUCGCGCCACUGGAGAAACCACCGAAACAGACGACGCGAGCGAGGCACGCCACGCGGCCCUCGACAUCUUCGAACCACUCGGUCCCUACCCCCCCGCCGAUCGAGACGGAAAAGGUUGUGGGUGGAGCCCUGUACCGUCUCUACGCUGCGGUCGUCCACUACGGGACCUUGUCUACGGGGCAUUACUCGGCUUUCGUGCUUUCGAACCGAUAUGGUCAUGGUCAGGGUGGGACGGAACGUCGGCGAUGGAUGUUUUGCUCCGACGAGGACGUGCAUGCCGUCAGCGUCGAGGAGGUCCUGAAAUGCAAGGCUUACAUUCUGUGAGUCGAAUGACGCAGUUUGUGUCUCGAACCCUGCAUGAUGAAGUCGGUGAAACUGACAGCCACAAUCGCCCUAUUUGCCCUCCGCAGGUUCUACGAACGUGUCCUCCCCGUGACCGGCUCACUGGUCUCGUCGCCCGUAGUUGAAGAAGACGAGUCGCCGAUCAAAAGCUCGCUUUAG